AUUUUGGUUGUCUUGGUUGGUAUCAUGAUUGUGAAUAUCGUCGACCUCGACCAUUCCACAUACAUUACAAACAAACGUGUGUUUUCGGAUUUCCAUAACGUUGAAGAAUGAAGCGUCUCUAAUUUAGUAAUUGACCGUUAAGUCACUUGGCGCCAAUGUUUUAACGUUACGAUAACCGCCGUUGUGGAGACAUCUAGACUUCUCAUUCUUCUUCUUAACACUUUAUACAGUUCUUCCUGAGCACACACUCACACACUCACGUCGUUUCUUUGUUCUUAUCCAUGGCUACCAAUGUUCAAUCUUACAAAACACAAUUUCACUGUCUCUAUUGCUCCACUGCCAAUUUCAAUCUACCAAGAUUUCCCUUCAUUCGAAACCCUAAUGUCAUCUCCCCCUUUUCUCUGAAGCUCAGGCUUUCAAUUCCGAAUACUAGAAGUCGAGAUGGAUUAUGCUCGCUUGUUUACGCCACCAAAUCAAACACCGAUAUGGAAACCGUUUUGUUGCGUGAAGAGAUUGAACGGCCUCCAUUUGAUAUCAAUCGUGCAGUCAUUCUCGCUGGGUUUGCGUUUGAAGCUUAUACAACUCCUACAGAAAAUAUUGGAAAGAGCGAGGUGGAUGCAGCUGGUUGUCAGACUGUGAUUCUUUCAGAGUCAUUUCUUCGUGAGAUUUAUGAUGGACAGGUGUUUAUAAAGCUUAAGAAGGGUUAUGAUUUUCCUGCCAUGGAUCCAUGGGGAACAAGUGAUCCUUAUGUGGUUUUGCAAUUGGAUAGUCAGGUUGUGAAGAGCAAUGUUAAAUGGGGGACAAGGGAACCAACUUGGAAUGAAGACCUCACAUUAUUCAUCAAGCAUCCACCAACCAUCAACCUUCAGGUUGCAGCUUGGGAUGCUAAUCUUGUUGCCCCUCAUAAACGUAUGGGCAAUUCCAUUGUCAGCUUGGAGUCCAUAUGUGAUGGAAAUUCACAUGAGGUGGUAGUUGAAUUGGAGGGAAUGGGAGGUGGUGGAAAGGUACAACUAGAGGUUAAAUAUAAGAGCUUUGAGACAAUUGAGGAAGAAAAGAAUUGGUUAAGGAUACCAUUUGUAGCAGAAUUUCUUCGAAACAACGGUUUUGAAUCUACUUUGAGAAAAGUUAUUGGCUCAGAACCUGUACAAGCAAGCCAAUUCGUUGAAUAUGCUUUUGGUCAAUUAAAGUCUAUAAAUGAUGCAUACAUCCAAAGGGAUAAUACCAAUGUUUCUAAUGCACAAGAUUCCACCAUAUCUACAGACAUAGAUUCUGUAGAAUCUGAAAGCAACCAAAACCAAUUGGUGAAUUCUGUAGAAUCUGAAAGCAACCAAAAAGAUGUAAUGAAUUCUGACAAAAACGCCUCACAAUCUGACAAAGAUUUUUGGAAGACUUUUGGUGAUACGAUUAGUGAGAAUGUAGUUAAGCAACUUGGUCUUCCAGCUCCUGAAAAGAUUAAGUGGGAAGGGUUUGAUUUUUUAAGCAAAAUUGGACUUGAGUCACAGAGUGUUGCAGAAGCAGGUUAUAUAGAAGCUGGGCUUGCAACUCCAAGCAGUAGUCAAGAUUCUGUUAAUGAUGAUGAAAAGAUUAAUAAUAAUAAUAAUAAUAAUAAUAAUAAUAAUGGUUCAGCUAUUACAGCUAUUCAGUUGGCAUUUCCUGAUAUAAAGAAGGCGACACAAGAGUUAUUAAAACAAACUGAUUCCAUCUUGGGAGCUUUAAUGGUUCUGAAUGCUACAGUUACUGAGUUAACAAAGGAUGAUUCCAAAGAGGAGGAUUCUGAUAAACUGGUUUUGGAUGAAAAAAAAGCUGAGGAAAUGAGAGCUUUGUUUUCAACAGCUGAGAGUGCAAUGGAGGCUUGGGCAAUGUUGGCCACUUCGUUAGGUCACUCAAGUUUUAUAAAAUCAGAGUUUGAGAAGAUAUGUUUCUUGGAUAAUCCUGUCACAGAUACACAGGUGGCAAUUUGGCGUGAUUCUGCGCGAAAAAGAUUAGUUGUUGCCUUCAGGGGAACAGAGCAAGUUAGAUGGAAGGAUUUGCGAACUGAUUUAAUGAUGGUUCCUGCAGGGCUAAAUCCAGAGAGAAUAGGUGGUGACUUUAAGGAAGAAGUUCAGGUUCACUCUGGAUUUUUAAGUGCCUACGACUCGGUCAGAACAAGAAUUCUCUCUCUUAUCAAAACAGCUAUUGGCUACCAGGAUGAAGAUGAAGAUGAAGAUGAUGGUGGUGAUGAGGUGUCCAAAUGGCAUGUUUAUGUAACUGGUCAUAGUUUAGGUGGUGCAUUAGCAACUUUGCUUGCUCUCGAACUAUCCUCCAGUCAAUUAGCAAAGCGAGGGGCUGUUUAUGUAACUAUGUAUAACUUUGGAUCUCCAAGAGUUGGUAACAAAAAGUUUGCUCAAAUUUAUAACGAGAAAGUUAAAGACAGCUGGAGAGUUGUGAAUCACAGAGAUAUUAUUCCUUCUGUACCUCGUUUGAUGGGUUAUUGCCAUGUAGCUCAACCUAUAUAUCUAGCAACUGGAGAUGUAGAAAAUGCCUUGGAAAGCAUGGAGCUUUUGGGAGAUGGUUAUGAAGGUGAUGUUAUUGGGGAAUCCACCCCUGAUGUUCUUGUCACUGAAUUUAUGAAAGGCGAAAAGGAACUGAUUGAAAAAAUAUUGAACACGGAAAUAAACAUUUUUCGUUCAAUAAGAGACGGGACUGCCCUUAUGCAGCAUAUGGAAGAUUUUUAUUAUGUUUCUCUGCUUGAGAAUGUCAGAUUGAAUUAUCGAACAAAUACAAAAUCUGUUGAUGGGGGUAGUUCAUCAGUCAAAGAAGUAUAGUAAACGAAAGAUUGUUAUGAUGGAAAACUAAAAAUGCUUGUACAUGAUUUUAUCAAACUUUGAGUUUGAUUUUAGUGUUGUAAAUUUCUUUGGAGAUAUGUUUUGGCUUCUUCCUGUGGUUCAUGAUACGCAAGCUUUGUCUCAAUAUGUCCAACUCACGUUCCCUUCUUGAUUCUUCUUGCUCUAUGGAAGCUAUGUGUGCUUGUAAAAGUUCAAUAGUCUCUUCUUUAGCUCUCAGCUCUUUUUGUAGCUCGUGGAUCAGAUAAUCGUCAUCUUCUCUCCAUGAUGUUUUUCCUUGAUGGGUUGUGUUGAUGAGAUUAUCAAGCUCAAUCUUGAUUGCUAAAUACAAUCGUUUCCACUUCUCAACCGCUUCAUCCCGUCGCUCUCUCUCCUCCUUCAUCUGCUCCAACACCAUAUCCGUCUGCAAUUCCUGCAACGCCAUUUUCUCACUCUUUUUCUCCAUCAUCGACGUCUCUCUUCUUCUGUGUUUUUCUUCUUUCUCUUCCAUCACCUUCUUCAACCUCUUCACUUCCCUUUGCAGCCAUUUCCUCUCUUGCUUCCAUUCAGACUCUUUCAGCGCAUGAACCAUCAUUUCUUGUUCGUAAACUUCAUUUUCGGUCCCUCUCAGUGAUAUCACCUCUUCCAGCUUUUGUUGCAGAAGCUUUGUUUUCUCUCUCAAGAUUCUUACCUCACAACCAUUAUUCGCAUGAUGCCCCCCUUUAGUUUGCACGCCACCCAUGUUUAACCCCUCUAGUUGCUUCCAAGUUUGUAGAGUGGAGCUUUCCUAUUUGUAGUGAGAAAGGGUGUUUAAAUGCAAAAUAAGAAAGAAUGACAUAAAUUUUG